AUGAAGAGGAAACACAUGGAAGCAAAAACAGGGGAGACUCCAUCAGUUGACGGCAACAACAAUGAUGAUGACGAUGAAGAAGAAGAAGAAGAAGAGAAGAUCAAUGCUUUCUUCACUUUGGUUAGAAAUACUCGAGAUGUUCAUAAACAGAUGUUGAUUGGGUCUCAAGUUACAAAGGAUCAGAAACAAAAAGCAGCAAAGGAGAAAUCAACUUGGACUCCAUCUUUCCAAUGGGAAGACUUCGCUCAUCAAGAUCAUCCACAUCUCACAAAUAUUAUUACUCUCCCUUGUUCUUCCAACAGCAAUGAUGAACAAAAGAGGAAGACAAAUGAACAUCAAGACUUAGAUCUCAACCUUUCCCUUUGA